GUUCUCUUCCCCUUCCUUAAGGUUUCUGUGGUUGACGCGUCACAUUCUACCUCAACGCGACGGCACACGAAGAAGACGGGCUACUGGUUUAGUUUGGGAAAAGCAGCGGGAGAGUGAGGGGGUUGUGGACGGCUGCCGACGCGCCUGCUACCGUCCCGUCCCAUGAGAAGUCCCUCCUCGGCUUGCCCCUGUCUCGUAAUCAACAGCAGCAGCCACCGAAAGGAUGCGUCGCUACCCCCUGGCCCGAAAAAGUGCACGGAGGAGACGAUGAAGGAGGUGCUGCCCCGUCGCCUUCUGAUACUGGCGGCCUCCUUCCUCCUCAGUUGCUUGCUUGGAUUUCCCAGCUGGCAUGUCUUUUGUCAAGAGAGUCCUGUAUCUGUAUCUUUGCAUUUACCAAAUGAGAACACUCACUUGUCAAAUGUGGAUGAGAACAUCCAAGAGAAGGAGGAUACUGAUGGAUCACUUGGAACAUUGCCUUUGCAAUAUAUUGAUUCCACUACAAGUAUUUAUUCUGAAGAUGAUUCAUCUGAGUCCAUAAAGGAUAAAAUGAACAUGGAAAAGGGAGACUUAAAGAAAUCUGAAAUUCAAGAACAGACUUCAAUUAAUUCAAAUGAAGUUUCUUUUAUCAUAAAUGAUAUUCCUGAAAAUAUUUUCAGCAUACCUACCUCUGAGAUCUCACCAGACUCCAGUGCAAUAGAAAAUUCUAGUGCUGAUAUCCUUAUAGUUAGCACUACUGAAGUUGAACAGUCAGAAUCUGACUGUGAUAUAAAUGAGGCACUUGAAACUGAUUCUCAGAGUGAACCUUCCUCGCUUGUUACUUCCCCAGACGGCCUUGUAGGUCAGCAUACAGAAAAUAUUUCUUCACAAAGGAAAGGGAAAAUGACGAAAUCAGAAUUUGAUCCCAAGAUUUCUGCAAAUGAGCAAAAGACAGCUCCAAAGGCUGCUUUGAAUGCUUCGGGUAACAUAAGAGCAGAGAGAAAAGCAGGAGAAAUUGACCCUACUUCUGUAAUAACCCCAAAGGACCCAGGAGAUAUUCCCACAUUUGAUGAAUGGAAAAAGCAGGUUAUGGAAGUGGAGAAAGAAAAGAGUCAGUCAAUGCAUCUUUCUUCCAAUGGAGGUCAACAUAUUACGAAAAAGGUCCAAAAAAAUAGAAAUAAUUAUGCUUCAGUUGAGUGUGGUGCCAAAAUACUGGCAGCUAACCCAGAAGCAAAGAGUACAUCAGCAAUAUUAAUAGAAAAUAUGGACCUCUAUAUGCUAAAUCCAUGCAGUACCAAAAUCUGGUUUGUUGUUGAAUUGUGCGAACCCAUACAAGUAAAACAGCUGGAUAUUGCUAAUCAUGAGUUAUUCUCAUCUACUCCCAAGGAUUUUCUGGUGUCUAUCAGUGACAGAUAUCCAACAAAUAAGUGGGUCAAGCUUGGUACUUUUCAUGCCAGAGAUGAAAGAAAUGUCCAGAGUUUUCCUCUGGACGAACAGAUGUAUGCCAAAUAUGCAAAGAUGUUCAUCAAGUAUAUAAAGGUGGAGUUAAUAUCACAUUUUGGAUCGGAACAUUUCUGUCCUUUAAGCCUUAUAAGAGUGUUUGGAACUAGCAUGGUUGAAGAAUAUGAAGAAAUUGCUGAUUCACAGUAUCAUUCUGAAAGGCAAGAACUCUUCGAUGAAGAUUAUGAUUUUCCUUUGGAUUAUGAUAUAAGAGAAGAAAAAUCUUCAAAAAAUCUACUUGGUUCUGCCACAAAUGCCAUUUUAAAUAUGGUGAAUAUUGCUGCUAAUAUACUUGGAGCAAAAACUGAAGAGGACACUGCAGAACAAGACUUGUUUCUCCAGAAACACCGGCAACUGAAAGUGAGAUAUUAGUUUUGGAAAUAACAGGAGAGAGACCAAUUGUUCAGCUUGUUCAUGAAUAUGAAGAAGAAGUCAGUCAGUCCACAGUGACCCUGCUGCCAAGUGAUGAACAAGAAGAGGAAAUACCAUGGCUUGAGCAUGAAACACAAAUCUAUUGUUAUGAUCUGACUGCAGCUUGUUGCAUUUCUCGUUUUUCAGAGUACAUAUUCAAGUGGUGUUCAGCAACAGCAGUUCUCCAUCAUCCCUACAGUAGAACUGAUACCAUUUUGGAAAAACAUAAUUCUAUUACUGUUUCACAGAUACAAUUAAUUCCAACCAAAUCAUUGCAUAUUUUGUUGCAUGAGCAUUCUUCAGAGAAAUCAGAUACCUUAAUUGUAGACCUAUCUGAAAGGGCAGUAGGUGUUCUAAGCAGUGUUUUAAAUGAGACUACAGUUAAUGAGACUGAAGUUACUUUUGAACUGGAGCCUAGUCAUCCACAGACUGUAUCACAAUCCAUCCUCUUAGAUGUUACAAUAGGAACCAAAUCACCAUCUAUAGUAGAAGUGUCCUCUGAGCCUAUAAUAUAUGAAAAUGUAUCUGAAAGUCCAGAGAUCCUUUCCCAAGAGGAAAUUCUUGCUGAAGAAAAUAGACUUGUAGUAUCUAUUACAGAGAAACCUUCUACAUCCAGUAUUAUAACUGUAUUCAAGGUGUUGAACACAGAAGAAAAAAACUCAAUGGAAACUUCAGCAGAGCCAACAGAAAUUGUUCUACAGUCUGAAUGUACAGUAGAUGUAGAAAGCUAUGGUGUUGAAACAAAAGUUAGUUCUUCAGAAACCGAAAAGCAGGAGGUAUCACUUGUGGAGUCAUCAUCUUUGGAAAUAAAAGAUGAUGAGGAGACUAUUGAGGAAACAUUUCUUGCAAUUUCAGUUUCUGGUGGGUUGCCAAAAACUGCCACAGACUUUUAUGCUGAAAUUCAGAAUUCUACAGAUUUAGGCUACACAAAUGGGAAUCUUGUUCAUGGAUCAAAUCAAAAAGAGUCUGUGUUUAUGAGACUCAAUAAUCGCAUUAAAGCCCUGGAAGUAAAUAUGUCUCUCAGUAGCCGCUACUUAGAAGAACUAAGUCAGAGGUAUCGAAAGCAAAUGGAAGAAAUGCAGAAAGCUUUUAAUAAAACAAUAAUAAAACUCCAGAAUACUUCACACAUAGCAGAACAGCAGGUGUGCAUAAACCUAUUUUUAUUAUCUGCUCAACUAAUAAAUAUGACACUUGUUGUUUCCAAUCUGUCAUCAACAGUAGCUGAACUAAAAAGAAAGGUUUCAGAUCACCAGAGUUACCUCAUUAUUUCUUUGAUAUUCUCUGCCAUCGUAGUCUUUAUGCUUUUUCUGCAACGUUACAAAUAUAAACCAGAGUUGAAUAAUGAUUACUUCUCAAAGAUUUUCAAAAGUAAUCACUAUCCUAGUCCUAAAAGAUGUAUUUCCUCCUAUGAUGAUAUGAAUGUGAAAAGAAGAACCUCCUUUCCACUCACUAGGUCUCAGUCUUUUCAGCUAAAUAGCAAACAAGGUAAGGAUAGCUAUGGUUUAACUACUUGUUUCUACAGAUUGCUGGUGAAACCACUACUGCAUUUCAGUGCAGAACAGUUGUCAUAAUACACAUUAUAAUUUGUUGCAGAAAUAUAAAAGUGCAAUUAAAAUAUUCCGAUAGGUAGUCAGAUUUGUUUGUUUGUGUAUAUGCAUGUGUUAGAAAUAUUUUGGGUAGCUAUGCAAUAAAGCAAACCUAGGUCCAUCAAGUGCUGUUAACUUUAGCAGUCCUUGCUUCCCAUGGCACCACAAAGAGUUGCACGAUCCUAUAGUAUGGUGCUUGUGGAAGACAAGAUUUCAACCAAGUUGAAAUAUUAAAGAUAGAAGAUAACAUAGCUCUCAAGGUUUUCAAUCGUUAGCUUUAACGUCUUGUUUUAUUUCUUAAAUUAUGCCUGUUUCUUGAAGUUCCAGUAUAUGACAUUUUCCCCUGAAAAGUAACCACAGAUUAUUUCGCAAACUGGCACAUGGGCAGAUGUUGAGAAUUCUUUAGGAGUCAGUGGAAUUUAAAUGUAUGUCUUUGAUUACUCUCUUGGCGGUAGAGGUACAUCAAAAUUGAUUUGGAAGUAAUGUUUCCCAAAUAAAUUCCCACAAAAAGGUGUUUAUAGUUUAUAUUUAAUUCCAAAAUCUUGUUAUAAAAGUCAUUUUUUUCACUAUUUUAUUUCUUUUCUUCCACUCCGUGCCAUUUUCCCCCUAAGAUCCAGUUCUGAUAUUACCGGCAGCAGUCUUUCCAAUAUUCAGAAUCUCUUAUCAUCUUGUAUACUUUAUUUAUUUUAGUCUUUUCUCAUGAACAAUCAAAAUAAUUGUUCAUCCAUUUGUCAUAUCUAUGUAUGAUCAGAUUAGCUUCAACUAUAUGUUCAAACGAAACACAUUUUUAUACAGUCCUUAUAGUUUUCUAUAGCUUGAUCACCAUUUCCAUACUAUCAAACUCUCACUUGUUCCCGCAUGGAUCCCAUUUGUGUGAUCUAGUCAAAAUAAAAAAAAUGUUCUGGAUCUCAUUCAGUUACAGUGUUUUAUGUAUUUUUUUCUAGAACUCAUUUUUGGUUCAUUUGUUUUUCAUUGGUGCAUAACAUGCAACUAUGGAUACCUGCUUUCAUAGACAAUCAUAACCACUAGCUUACACUAUGUUUUCUGAAACAGAUUUUAGCCCUUUGAUUGCUAAUUAAAUCUGUCCAUUGAUUUGCAUUCAACAAUGAAUCUUAGACUGUGCUGUACCUUAGAGAUUAUCUAGUUCAAUCUUUGUUCAAUGGAAAGAUCCAUUAUCCCAGCAUUUCCGGCAGAUGUACUGUACAUCCAGCCUCUGUUUAAAUAUCUCUACUGGAGGAGAGUCCUGAAACUGCCUGUUCCAUUAUUAAACAGGUUUUUAUCAUUAGAAGUUUUACCUGAUGUCCAGUUAAAUUUAUUUCAUUAAAAUAUAAAUCCACCAAUACUUGUUUACUGGAAUAGCGUUGAACAAUUUGGCUUCAUCUUCUACAUGAUACCUUUGAAAAACUUGAAGACCACUACUAUAUCUUCUCAUAAUUUUCUCUUCUCCAGGCUAGUCUUCUUCAAUUUUCCCAAAUAUUGUUCUUAUCAGAAUCUUGCUGUCAUUUGGCCAGGCUUCAGUAUGUCCAUCCUAUAAUGCUCUGUAAAUGCGA